AUGGAUAAAGAUAUUUUUACUAUAAAUAAAAUUAUUGAAUUUCAAGCUCACCAAAAAAAUAUAUUAGAAAUAUGGAAAGAAUAUGUAACAGAAGGAUUAAACUUAAUGCACUCAGAAGAAAAUAUAACGAACAAAAACAACACAUGUAAUAAUAAUCAAAAAAGAAAAAAUACAUAUAAUAAUAAUAUAUUUAAUAUAUAUUAUGAGAAUACCCAAAAAUGUAAUCAUAUAAAAUCAAUAAAACACUUUCAUAAAUAUGUGGACGAAUGGAAAGAACUACAAAUAUCAUCAGAAUGUAACGAACAUAUUUAUAAUAAUUAUAAAGUUAUUAAAAAAGAGAGACAUAUUAAGAAUAGAAAAGAACUAUGUGAUAAAGAUGAAAAAAAAAGUGAUUUACAAUCAGAAAGCGAAAAAUUAAAACAAGAUGAAAAUAACGAAAUUAUAUACAACCAAUAUGAUGAUACAAAAAAAUCAUCAAAAAUAAUUAAUAAUGAUCAAAGCACAAAAAGUAAUAAACAUAUAGAUAAUAUGAAAAUAAAUAAUAAAGUAUUAUCAAAUGAAAAUUAUAUACAUUUAUAUGAAAAAUAUAUUGAAAGUUUAAAUAAAAAUAUCGAAAAAAAUUUAAAAGAAUAUCAGACAUGUAUUGUUACAUAUAAUAAUUUUAUUAAUAGAGAUAUUAAUAUAAUAUAUAAAGAAAAUAUUACUUUUUUAACAUAUUUUUAUUCUUGUAUAAAUAUAAUAAAAGAAAAUAAAAUCAUUAUACCUAAAGGUUCUUAUCUAUAUGAAUUAAUAUAUCCACAAACUAUUCAUUCCUUUCCUGUUAUUAAUAAAUUUAAUUAUUAUUUUGUUAAACUCUUUAUAAAUAAUAAAUGGUACCUAAUAUUUGUUAACUUGUAUUUACCUUAUAAUAAAAACAAUAAUCAAAUUUUGUCAUGUUAUUCAACUUUUACACAAGAAAUAUGGACACAUAUUUUAAUAAAAGCAUUAUAUAAAUGUUUUCAUAUUUUCCAUUUUAAAAAUUAUCACAUGCAUAUUAUCGAGAUGUUAACAGGUCUUAAAUAUAUUAAAUCACCUUUUAAUAUAAAUAAAAUCAUAAAUAACUAUCAAAAUAAUUAUAUUCAGUGUAUCAUUUUAAAUCAACACCAAAAAAUUGAGUCCACAAAUAAUACGAAUAUGGAAAAUGAUAAUAAAAAUGUUCGAAAUUUUAAUAGGGACAUUACAAGUAUGAAACACAACACAUAUUGUCACAAUGAAAAUGAUGAUAAUAAAAAUAAAAAUGAUGAUAAUAAAAAUAAAAAUGAUGAUAAUAAAAAUAAAAAUGAUGAUAAUAAAAAAAAAAAUAAUGAUAAUAAAAAUAAAAAUGAUGAUAAUAAAAAAAAAAAUAAUGAUAAUAAAAAUAAAAAUGAUGAUAAUAAAAAAAAAAAUAAUGAUAAUAAAAAUAAAAAUAAUGAUAAUAAAAAUAAAAAUAAUGAUAAUAAAAAUAAUAAUGAUGAUAAUAAAAAUAAAAAUAAUGAUAAUAAAAAUAAUAAUAAUAGUAAUAAAUAUGUAAAAGAAAUAACAGAUAAUAUGCAAAAUAUUUACAACCAAACAAAUACUUCCAUAUCUAUAAAAAAUAAUCACGUAUUCUAUUAUUUAAUAUGCUCCUUUCAAGAUAAACAAUUUAUACAUGUAAGAUGUUGUGACAUAAAGUCAUACAACAACAUACAAACGUGCAACAAUGUAAUUAAACAAAAAAAAGAAGAAACAAAUUUACUCAAAGGAUAUAAAUAUAUAAAUACAAAAGGAAAUAUUCAAAUUUCUAACGCUCAAUUAGUACCACUUUUUAAAAAUACAUCUGAUUCAGAUUCAUCUGAAAAAUAUAUUAAAACAUCUACUAUAUCAAAAAAUGAACAUGAUAUUAAAAAUAUAUGUAACCAUAAUAAACAGACAUAUAAGAAAUACAAUAUUGUAAUAAAUGAAAAUACGCAAAAUGUUAUUCAGUAUAUUAAAGAUAUAUUAUCCAGCGAAACUAAUAAUGUUCAAAAAAUAAAAAGUAACGAGGAGUCAGAUAAAAGUAGUACUAAAAACAUUCAUUUGAAAAAAGAUAAUAAAAAGAAUUAUAAAGACAUUUGUAUAUGGUUUAAAGACAAUGAAAUUGAAAAAAUCCUUCAACUAAUAAAUAUAAAUUAUUCAUCAGAAUAUAUAAUAAAAAUAGAUGAAUCUCUAAAAAAUAAUAAAAUCAUCUCUUAUCUGAGUAAAAAUAAAUUUGAAUUAAUAUCAUUAAAUGAAUAUAUCAAAAAUAAGUUAAAACCUUUUAAAGCACUACAUAAAAGUAACAGUGUAAAAAAUAAUAUACCAAAAUCUGUUCAACAUAUACAUAUCGAAAAAAAAAAAAAAGGAAAAAAUAAUCAGAACAAAAAUGUAUAUGAUAAUACCGAAAAUAAUGACACUGUUUGUAAUCCUAAUAUGUCUGACCCAUCAAAUGAUUGUCCAUAUCUUAUAUUAAUUUGUUACAUAUCAAUCAAAGAACAAACAACAGAAAAUAACAAAACAGAAACAAAUCAAAUCAUACAAAAUGAUAAUAUAACAUGUGAAAAAGAUAAUGGAAACAUAAAUAAUUUUUUUGAUUUUUUUAUCUACUUUUUUCCUCAUCAUAUGUGUAAGUAUCGUAAUAUAGAAAAAUAUAAAUUUGCAAAUGAGGAGAAAAAUUCUGAACAAAUCAGAAAGAAAAAAAAAAAAAAUAAAAAAAAAAAAAAAAAAAAAAAAAAAAAAAAAAAGGAUAAAAAAAACAAAUUACCAGCUAGCCAAUUAUUAGUAGCAACAAAAAAAAAAAAAAAGUACCAUAAAAUAUUCUUUUUAAAUGAUAUGUAUAAUUGUAAUUUAUUUUUUAAAAAAAUAGGUGAACGGAAUCAUAACGAAGAUAUUAUUCCUUUUAUACCUUGUAAUAAUUUUUUACAACAAAUAUUAAAUAAUAAUGAUUAUAAAAAUUAUUUUUUUUUUAACAAAAUCGUGAAACGGAAAAUACGUCUUGAAAAAAACAAAGAACACUUUUUUAUUUUGUACACAAAAAGGUUUGACUAUAAUGAUUUCUACAUUGAAUGGAUAAACGAAAAGAAAAAUUUCGAGAGCAGUUAUAUGAUAAGUAGCUCAUUUAUAACGAUUGAGGAAUAUCUAGAGAAAUUUAUGAAAAUGUCCAUGACAAUUUUACCGAAAAAAGAAAUUUCUUUAAAAAAUCAAACCUUGAAUAACAAGGUCUUAUUAAAAUUUGUAAUCAACAUAAAUAUGAAUGAUCAAAAAGAAGGAAAUGAUGAACAUGGACAAGAUAUAAAUAUAAAUUCAAAUCAUACGAACAUAGGAAGAAUAAAGCAGGACCUAUUACAACAACCACAUUGUUGUAAAGAAUUGAAUAAUUUCCAUUUUUAUCUUAUAGUAAAAAUUAAUAAUUUGAAUAUAGUUCCAUAUUUAAAUUUAUAUAUGUGUAGAAUAAAGGAUGAUGAUAUGUUACAUAUUCAGAAUAAUUUAGAAGAAAAAAAAAAAAUAAAAAAUAAAAAAAUUAAAAAAUUUCUAUCUAAAAAGAAUGAUUCCAUAUAUGAUGGUGACGAAUAUAUUAAUAUUGUAAGUACAUUUUAUAAAUAUUCAUUAGAUAAAUUAAUUUUCAAAAUAUAUAUCCCAUUUGAUCAAAUAAAUAAGCAUCAUAAUUAUCUGUUUUUAUUAGUAACAAAAAAGAUACUAUGGAGAUAUAAUGUAAAUUUUAAUAUUUCCAUAAAAGUAGCAUAUCCUAAAGAGGAUGAUAUUAUAAAUAGUACUCAUUAUGUGAAUUCACAAAAUAGGAAAAACAAAAUAGACCUAGAUAUUAUUGAAGUGCCAUCCUAUUGUUUAAAUUAUACUUAUACAUUUCCAACAGAACAAACAGAAAUAGGUAAAGAUAUAAAGAACACAGAAGAAAGGAAUACAGAUAAUCCUGUGGAUAUCAAUAUAUUACAGGGUGAUAAUAAUAAAAAGAAUAUAGAAAAUGAUCCAAAUGUCGAACACACAUGUAGCUAUGAUGAGAUGAAUAAGAAGGAUCAUCAUAAUUUAUCUGGGAAGAAUACAAUUCAAAUUUUGAAAAAAAUAAUUAUAAAAAAUAAAAAUGAAUACACUUAUGGUAAUAUAUUCAUACAAUUAAAAAAUUAUCAUCUAUAUGAAUAUAUAGAAGCCAAAAUUAUAAAAGUCGAAAAAGCCAUAAAAAGAAAAAUGACGGAAGAUAAUUUUAAUGUGGAUUUUAUUUUAAAAAAUUAUAUAAGAAAAGUUAUAUUUGCAAAAAAAAAAAAAAAAAAAGUUAUAUUUUUUAAACAUGUAAUAUUAAAUACAAAUGAUACAUAUUUUAUACUUAUAAAGGUCAAAAUUAAGAAUCAUCUUAAUUCUCCUAAAUUAGAUUUAAAGAUCAUAAAUAAAAAUACCUAUACAUCAACAUGUAAUAAAAACGAUAUACCAUUAAAUAAAUCAUUAUUUCAGAGAGAUGAAAAAGAAAAAAAAAAUCAUAAUGAAAACAUUUAUAAAAUUGAACAAAUAAAUUCAAAUAAUGAUAUAAUUAUUAUGGAUAUAUUACUAAAUUUUGAUGAAGAUGUUCAAUUGUUAGAUGAUACAACAUAUGAAGAUAUCGAUAGAGAAGUUAAUAAAUAUAAGGAGAUUAAAAAAAUUGAUAUAGAACAAUUAAACGUUUGUUUUACUCAAAAUGUGCUUGGAAAUAUUUUUGAUUUUAAAAAUGAAAUGUUAUUUUGUUUUAAAAGAGAUUAUGAAAAUAUUUAUAUGAAUAUAACAAACAUGAUAUGUGAUUUGAAUAAUAAUAAUAAUAAUAAUAAUAAUAAUGAAGAAGAUGAAGAAGAAAAAAGGAUUGAAAGGGAAAAUAUAAAAAUGUUAAAUGAUAAAAAACAAAAUGUAAGUAAUGAAAAGUUAUGUAUCAACCAAAUGAAUGAAAGAAAUAAAAAUAUACAAAUUGAUCAUAUGAAUAGUCAAAAUAAAAAAGGUGCUUAUAAUAUAAAUAAUAGUAAAAGAUUAUUUCAAGAAAUUAAUAAUUUGUAUAUGAAUAAAAACUUAUUUUAUUAUUUGGCAUCAAAUGUUUUAAAAUACGAUGAAGAAUCCCUCCGUUAUAUAUUUUAUAAAUUUUUUGAAAAUGAUAUACAACAAAUAAAUAUGAACGAAUUUAUAGAAAUGUGUAAAAAUAUCGAAAACUUGGAAAAUAUUAAAAAUUGUUCUUUUUUAAUAAAAAUAGAAGAAAAAAUCGACAAGAAUCAUGUUUUUUUUAUAUCGCUAGAUAAUAACAAUUUCCAUAAUAACAACCAUUAUGAUAUAAAAAAAAAAAUAAUGUAUAAUGAUGAAAACCAUAUUAUAAACCAUAAUACAGAUAUAUUAUUUGACGGAAUCUUCACAUAUGGAAAGAAAACACAAAAUAUUAUUAAUGAUAUUAUAAACUUUUAUAAAAUAAAAAAUAAAGAUAUCAAUAUAUUAAAAUUCAAAGUAGAUGCUGAAUUACAAUUAAAUGAAAAAUGUAUUUGGAAUUCUUCUACUUUGAAUUUUAAGAAUAUAAGAAAAAAUUAUAAUACACAAAUUUUUAUAAAGAAAAAAAUAAUGAAACAAAUAAAGUAUAUAAUUAUUAAUAAUUAUAAAGAAAAAGAAAAAGAAAAAGAAAAACAUACACAAAAACAUACACAAAAACAUACACAAAAAAAUACACAAAAGCAAACACAAAAAGGUAGUGAAAAAGAGACACAAAAAGGUAUAGAAAAAGAUACAGAAAAACAAACAAAAAACAAAUCAUGUAACCAUUCAAAUUAUAUAAAACAAAAAUAUUGCAAGUCAUACAAACAUAUCAAAAUUGAUAGACCAAUAAAUAAUAUAAAUGAUCUAAUAAAUAUUACACAUAAUAUAGAAAAUAAUUUCGAUUUGUAUUAUUUAAAAGAGAUUAACAAAAAAAUUACAAAAACUAUAAAAGAGAGGAAAAUAUUCCUUUCCAAUUUUAAAAAUAAUAUCAAGCAAAAAAAAUUAAAAAAAUUGAAUGAUAAAGAAUUUAAUAAUUUAUAUAGUAAAGCAUUACAAUUGAAUUUACAUAUUUAUAAUCAAGAAUAUAUACAAAUUAUCAAACAAUAUAUUCAUAUUUUUAAUUUAUUAAAUCAAAUAAAAACAUUAAUUAAAAAUGUAGAAUGGAAAAAAAAAAAAUAUACAAAUAAUUUUCAAGAUAUUCAAAUUAAUGAUAUUAUAACAGAUCAAAAUAUAUUUAUUCAUCUAUAUAAUAAGUGUACUCAUUUAAUAACAAAUAUACAUGACAUACAAUUAAAUGAAAAUUAUCAAAAUAUAUACAAGGACUCUACACAACUAUAUGAUAUAAUAAAUAAUCAUAAAUUAAAAGAACAACAAAAAAAAAUAACAUAA